CGGAGGGUGUAAUAUAAAUAUGCUAUGACCAAGGAAAGCAUUAUGUAUUCUGUAAGCGUUAUUUUACUAUUCCUUGCAUCAUACUCCAUAGCUGUAGAGAAUGUGGUGACCUAUACAUCAUGGCGACUUGAGAACAUGACAGAUCUCAUCUGUCCGGACAGUUGUGGUCAGGAUACCGAGUGUUGCGCAUGUGAAAACAAACGAUCAUGGGAACUUGAAGGCCAAGUAGUAAACCUCCAUGUUAAAUAUACAGAUAUCCGAGGAUCAUCUAUCGCUUACAUUCAUUGGGAUGAUUUUAAUAACAAUUAUACCAGGUUAUCUCACGUUAACGGACGCUUACGGAAACUUCCAACGAAUAUAUGCAGUUUUCCAUUAACUGUGGAACUAGUACUGGACAACAAUGAGAUAGAAACCCUUAACGGAAUUAACUGCCUCUCCAAUCUGGACUCCCUCUACUUAACCCACAAUAAUCUGGAAAUAAUACGUAACUCAACAUUCCAAAACCUAAAAGGUUUACGUAACCUGUACCUCGGUAACAACAAAAUCGCAAGAAUUGAACCAAAUUCGUUUAAUCUUGGUGGCGGUCAGUAUAUUUUAAAUAUCGACAUAUCCAGCAAUCAACUUGAAUCUAUAGACGUUACAAAUUUCGUUUUAAAAGCAUUUUGUAAAAUAUCAUAUUCCAAUAACAAAAAAUCGCUGCAAAUUGAAAAUAAGCUCAAUUACAAGACAGUGCCGAACGAAAAAAAUGGAUGUGGUGGUGUUAUUGAAUUUGAAAAUGUAUCCUUCCAUACUUUCUUCAACUAUUCUGAUUUCGGUUUAGAUGCAUGGAAUCAGAUAUACAAGAAUUUGGAUUUGUCCAUGUCAUUGAUAAGUGAUCAACUGACGUGCGAUUGCAAUAUGGCUGAGCUGUUUUCUGACGGCACAUCAAUUGCCGUAAUUGGGAAAUUCUGGCAGCAAUUGGCAGAGUAUGUUUGUGAAAGACCAGACGAAUUAAACGGUACUAAAUUGAUUGACAUCUACAAGACAAAUCCAGAAAAACUGGAUCUCCUGAUAUGCAACAUUACAGACUCCUGUCCAAGAAAGUGUCAUUGUUUUAACCAACCUAGUCAAGACCGGGUUGUUGUCGACUGUCAGGGACAGAAUCUUAAAACAAUGCCGGAAAAUCUGCCGUGGGGGAACGGGGACAGAUUGGAACUACUCCUGGCGGGAAAUAAUAUUCAACAGAUGGAAUUCAGACCCUACCUUAGUCGUGUAGCAGAAUUAGACCUUUCUGGAAAUCCGCUCUCACACAUCUCUGAAAUUGCAGCAUCAGUUUUUCCCGACGAUGCUAAGCUGAAUGCAACAGGAAAUAAAUUGUCAUCAAUACCACGUCAUUUUCAGAACAGAAAUCCUACUUAUCUUUUGUUAGGAUAUAUUCUUAUUACGUGUUCCUGUGAUGAUCUGUGGAUGAAAACUUGGCUUUCGUUUUAUCAUGAAGAAGAAAGUCACACCUCAUACAUAUGUCAGAACUUGGGAGGUAAAGACAUCACGUUGGCUGAUUUCACGUUGUUAGAUUGUUCCCCGGACUCUUCAGAACUGAACAUCAUUCUAGGAAGCCUUACAUGUUUUGUAGUUAUUAUCAUAGUGUUUAUUUUAGGGCGUUUGUUUUUGUUUCCAGAAAUAUACAUUAUAUAUCGCCGUAGACUUCGUCGUUCAGUGAGGUCGCGGGAAUUCGACUAUGAUGCAUAUAUAUCAUUUUACGACGAGGAUGACCAACAGCGGAAGUGGGUUUUGAGGAACCUGGCCAAAUACUUGGAAACGCUCGGAUAUAACUUAUUCAUUCCUGUACGGGAUGCUGACCUCGCCUUCGCUAGAGACGAAUACCUCAGGAGUAGAAUACAGACGUGCAGAAGUUUUAUCGUCAUUCUAUCGGAAAAAUAUUUCAGAGAAGAUAGAGAUGAAGUGGAAAUAACACAACAAGCAUUCACUCAAUUUGAAUUCAACACUAUAUGGAGACUGUACAGAAAUGACAUGCGACGAAAUCUGAUCAUUAUUAACUUCGAUAAUUUGUCAGCCAGAGAUAUUAGCAAUCGUUGGGUAAAAGCAUGUUGUCGUGUUGGUGAAAUAGAAAAUUUUACCGAGCGACAAGGUCUACUUAUGGAAAUCAUUGAACGGAAAAUGUCACCACCUUGCGGAAAAGAUAACGAAGCCGAUAUCGUUGGACUUCCUUACCGAUGUCCGUAUGAUUUUAAUGCCAGACAUGUAUUCGACGGAGAAAAGUAGAUGUCUAACGUUAGUUCAUCUAUAGGUUCUAUGUCGUACCCGUUUUUACGUCAUUAAACGUUCUUAUGUUGCAGUAAAGUAUAAUGACACGUUUUCGCGUGCUCUACAAAUAUAAUGUUAUCAACCGUUGGGUAUAGAAGAUUUAACUGAUCGGCAAAGCCUACUCAUUGAACGGGAAAUGUCGCCUCCGUACUUCAUCCAUACAAAGAAAGAAAUAUAGGAUCGAUCGGCAAAGUGUAUCACGGUAUGGGGAUACGACGGUAACAAUUCUACCGGAUGUCAGAAUAACUGUUAAAGGGGAAAUAUCAUCUAGGAAAGAUGUUGGUUCUCAGAAACAUUUACCUACUGAUAUCGUACUGUGUGCAGUUUGACAUUCUCCCUACGGUACUCUCUUGCGUGUAUACUCUAAGUAAUCCUAUUUAUUUCUAUUCGAACCCAACCAUAAAAACAAAUAUCUCAUUACAUGUAUAUAUUAUGAUAUUGAUAACUCUUGUUUGGGAUGUAAAUUCGAAGCGAUCAACAUGUGUUAUGUAGAAAAAUCAGACACACUUACAAUGUGUUGUCGGUCGACAGCGUGAUACUGUGCAUGUUUACUUCUCACUGGAAGGGGAUAUUUAUCAACGGCUUUAUGAAAAGAAAAACUUACCACACUGGACGUUGGUUUCAAGUUAUGUCAUUAUCAUCUACGUAAAGUAUCGUUAGGAGGUAUUUGUUCCGUAUCUAAUCGAUUGUAAAGGUGUUAUUUGACUAAAUAGCCCCUUCAGUAACGUAAUAAAUAGAAGAUUUAAUUAUUUUCCCGCUGAAUACCGUAAAUAUUUCAUUCGUACGGCAGAAUAUCGAUAUUCUGUCAUACUCGUGAAAUAUAUAUGGGAAACCAUUUAAAUCACUAUAUAAUUCCUUGGUAGCCUGCACUUUAAAAAGUUUUAUAUAAAUAUUUCGUCAUUUGCGGUGGUAUGUAUACAACUUUCAGUUUUUCUAUCAUUUAUUGAUGUGAAAUAGCAGACGUCGUCACAAAAUUAAGAAAAAAGUGUAUUUGACUCGAUGCCUGAGCUUCACGGCAACCCCACUUCCCGUAUAUCUACAUGUAUGAAGUCCUUUCAUGAGACAGUGACUAAGAUAUGAUGGGGAAAACCUUAUUACACUAUAUUUUAAGACCUGUGGUCAAGGCGUAAGGUGAAAUUUAAGUGACGAUGACUACUUAAGGAUGCGAGAUCCCACCUUCCCUGGAAGAUCGAUACUUAAGUCAACACGAAGGCACGCACGCACGUCCGUCCUUCAGUCUUUACGCCUGUACGGACGGUGCGAAUACUAUAAACCUCCGACUUCUGCGAAGCGGGAAUAUAAAAACAAUGCCAUAUUUGCAUUUCACUGUCAAUACAUAAGGUCUUUAAAUUAAUUUCUGCAGAGUCAAAUAUGUGUUACUAGAUAUGGGUCAUUUUUAACACUAUGUGAUAUUGUUACACUGAAAAACAAUCACGUUAUGUAGACAAUGUCAAAAGUAACAGUGUUUCUUAACUGCAAAAACACCUGAAAUGAUGCCAACAAAAAGGUGCUUUUUAUUCCAUCUCCAUUAUCUUGUGAUUUCCGUUUGCUAUUAUGA